AUGGCCGUGGAGAAGAGGAACGUCAUAUUCUUGGCUAUUGUCCUUGAGAUCGAGGGACGCGAGGAUAUCACUCUUGACAUCUCUACUCCGGACUCGCGCAAGAAGCUAUCCGAGCACCCCGUUACACUCAAAGAGGGCGCUAUCUACCAACUGAAAAUUGUCUUCAGGGUGCGCUUGGAUGUCAUUCGUGGUUUGAAUUACUUUGAAGAAAAGAAACGCCAGGGCAUUCUCAUCGAGAAGAGCGAAACUCUCAUGGGUGCAUAUGCCCCUGUUCUAGAGGGCCAACCUGACUUUGAAGUGACAUUUGGUGGCGAAGAAGUUCCGUCCGGCAUGGGGGUCUUUGGAAGAUAUGAUGUAACGUCUUCUUUCGCGGACGAGAAAAACCACUAUCUUGACGUCCAGUGGGCCUACGAGGUCACGGAGGACUGGUGA